AUGCCUGCUGUCGACGUUGCCCCUUCUACCCCAGCCAUGUCUGCCAAAGACGCUUCCAAAUCCAUCGCCGUCCUCGAAGAACUCCUCAAAUCACUCUCACUCACAAAGACCCCUGACGAGGCUAAAGCCGCCGCUACCAACAUUGCUACCCUUCUGAAUGGCCCUGUCGAAGAGCAGGUUCUCCCAGCCAAGGCUGUCGAACUAUUGAAGAAGCAACUCGCAAACAAGAAAGAUGCCAGUGCCCGUGAGUGCGCCCUCGAGGCUAUCCUCGCCAUCGCCCUUCAUUCGUCCGUUGCGCCGGCCUUCGAGCCAUACCUGGUCAACCUGCUACCUCCCACUCUCGCAGCGGUUGGCGACAAGAUGGUCGCAGUGAAGAAUGUCGCUCAAGCUGCCGCUGUUGCCCUUGUCAAGGCCAUCAAUCCAAACUCCGUCAAGGCUGCUCUGCCCCCCAUCAUCAACUCCAUCCUCUCUGCUCAAAAAUGGCAGGAGAAGAUGACGGGUCUACAGUGCGUCGAGGCCCUGGUCGAAACCUCUCCGGCCCAGCUCGCCUACCGCGUUCCAGAUCUGAUUCCCGUGGUGUCCGAGUCCAUGUGGGAUACCAAGCCAGAAGUCAAGAAAUAUGCCUACAGCAUCAUGGAGAAAGUCUGUGGCCUGAUCGUCAACAAGGAUAUCGAACGCUUCAUUCCCGAGCUGAUCAAGUGUAUCGCCAAGCCUGAGAAUGUCCCGGAGACCAUUCACUUGCUCGGUGCCACCACUUUCGUCACCGAUGUCCAUGAGCCUACCUUGGCUAUCAUGGUGCCCCUGCUUGACCGUGGUCUUGCCGAGCGGGAUACCGCCAUCAAGCGGAAGUCAGCUGUCAUUGUCGACAACAUGUGUAAGCUCGUCGAGGAUCCUCAGAUCGUCGCUGCUUUCUUGCCAAAACUCAUGCCUGCGCUUGAGAAGAACUACGAAAAUCUGGCUGAUCCUGAGGCCCGUGAAAAGACCAAGCAAGGUCUUGAUACCCUCAUCCGUGUUGGCCAUGUCAAGAACGGCAAGAUCCCCGAGGUUUCCAAGGCUGGCGACGUUGAGACCGUCGUUGCCAUCCUCAAGGAUAUCCUCCAAGCCAAACACAAAGCCCAGAUCGCCGCCUCCGAGCCUACCAUCACUUACAUCGCAGCCAUUGCCGGCCAGCUUGUCGAUGAGAAAGUCAUUGACCUGCCGUCGUGGACCGAGAACACCCUGCCUUACAUCACCGCCAUUACUGGUGAAGCCGACGCCAGAUCCGUUGCCGAGACUCUGCGUCUCCGUGCUUCUCCCGGCGCUGCUGAUGAGGCUGCCGUUGAGCCCGACGAAGAGGAAGGCGAGGAUCUUUGCAACUGCACGUUCAACUUGGCCUACGGUGCUAAGAUCUUGCUGAACCAGACCCACCUGCGCCUCAAGCGCGGUCAACGAUAUGGUCUCCUCGGCCCCAACGGUUCCGGUAAAUCCACCCUCAUGCGCGCCAUCAACAACGAGCAGGUCGAGGGUUUCCCCAAGAAGGAUCAGGUCAAGACGGUCUUCGUCGAGCACGACCUUGAUGCUGCUGAUACUGAGCAGACCGUCAUAGGCUGGACUCAGAAGAAGCUGGCCGAGGUUGGCGUCAACAUCUCCACUGAUGCUAUCGAGGCUCGCCUAGUCGAGUUCGGUUUCCUCCGUGAACAAUUUGAAGGCCCCAUCACCUCUCUCUCUGGUGGCUGGAAGAUGAAGCUUGCUCUUGCCCGUGCUGUCUUCGAGGAGCCAGAUAUCCUCCUGCUCGACGAGCCCACCAACCAUCUUGACGUGAAAAACGUUGCCUGGCUCGAGAAUUACCUCAUCAACUCUCCUUGCACCUGCAUUAUUGUCUCGCACGAUAGCAAGUUCUUGAACAACGUCGUCCAGCACGUUAUCCACUACGAGCGCUUCAAGCUCCGCAGAUACCGUGGCAACUUGACUGAAUUCGCCAAGCGUUGCCCCUCCGCCCGCUCUUACUUUGAGCUCGAGGCUUCGGAGAUGGAGUUCAAGUUCCCAGAGCCAGGUUUCCUUGAAGGUGUCAAGACCAAGGCCAAGGCCAUCGUUCGCGUCAACAAUAUGUCCUUCCAAUACCCCGGCACCUCCAAGCCCCAGAUUGCAGAUAUCACCUUCCAAUGCUCGCUCGGUUCCCGUAUCGCCGUCAUUGGCCCCAACGGUGCUGGCAAGAGUACACUGGUCAACGUCCUGACAGGCGAACUUAUCCCCACCAGCGGUGAUAUCUACCACCACGAGAACAUCCGUAUCGCCUACAUCAAACAGCACGCCUUCGCCCAUAUCGACAACCACCUCGACAAAACGCCUUCCGAAUACAUCCAAUGGCGUUUCCAAACCGGCGAGGAUCGCGAAACCAUGGAUCGCGCUAACAAGAUCGUCACCGAGGAUGACGAAAAGGCAAUGGACAAGAUCUUCAACAUCGACGGCAGCAAACGUCGUGUCAUCGGCAUCCACUCCCGCCGCAAGUUCAAGAACUCCUACGAAUACGAAUGUUCCUUCGUCCUGGGCGAAAAUGUCGGCCUGAAGAACGAGAAAUGGACCCCGAUGAUGACGGCAGACAAUGCCUGGAUUCCCCGUAACGAGAUCCUCGCUUCACACGCCAAGAUGGUCGCCGAGGUUGACCAGAAAGAGGCUCUGGCCAGCGGCCAAUUCCGCCCUCUCGUCCGCAAGGAGAUCGAACAGCACUGCUCCUUCUUCGGCCUCGAUGCCGAGCUGGUCUCGCACUCGCGCAUGCGCGGCCUCUCUGGCGGCCAGCGGGUCAAGGUCGUGCUUGCAGCUUGUUCGUGGCAGCGGCCGCAUCUGAUCGUCCUCGACGAGCCAACCAACUACCUCGACCGCGACUCGCUCGGAGCGCUCUCCAAGGCCCUGAAAUCCUUCGAGGGCGGUGUGAUCAUCAUCACUCACUCCUCAGAGUUCACCGAAGGGCUGACUUCUGAAAUCUGGUCCGUGCUGAAGUCCGAAUCGGACGGCAUCGGCCGCAUGCAGCCGUCCGGCCACAAUUGGGUGCAAGGCCAGGGCACGGGCCCCCGUCUGACGGAGAAGGAGGACGACCAGGAGAAAUUCGAUGCUAUGGGUAACAAAAUCGAAUCCACCAAGAAGGCGAAAAAACUCACUGCAUCCGAGCUGCGAAAGAAGCGCAAGGACCGUAUGGCUCGCCGCCGCGCUGGCGAGGAGGUUUUCAGCGAUGAGGACUUGUAA